AUGGAAGAGUUAGACUUGGCCUAUAACCAAAUCACAGGUAAAAUCCCAUCUUGGCUUGCCAAGUUGACCAAAUUAACUGCUCCAUACUUCCCAUUCAACAAUUUGCAAGAAGCAAUUCCAAGGUCAUUUUUCCAGCUUACAAACCUUCAGUAUAUUGACCUUUCCUCCAAUAACUUGAGUGGAACAGUUGAGUUGGAUGAAUUUUUCAAGCUCAAAAUGUUAACAGUGCUUCGACUUUCGUUCAACAAAUUAUCUGUGCACAUCAAAACCAGUUUGACUGCUACUUCUCCAAAGUUUGAAGCUCUAGCAUUGGUGUCAUGCAACUUAACAGAGUUUCCAGAUUUUUUACACGAUAAUAGUAAAUUGGUGGAGCUUGACCUUUCUGAUAACAACGUUCAUGGCCAAAUACCAAGAUGGAUGUGGAACUCAACUGGUGAAUCUCUGUGGUAUCUGAACCUCUCCCACAACUCUCUAACAGGAUUUGAGCAAAAUCCAGUCAUUCUUCCAUGGAAGAAUCUGCAUCUUUUAGAGCUUGGAUCUAACAGGUUACAAGGGCAAUUGCCGAUUCCACCCCUAUCAAUCCAAUUUUAUUCUGUGCCAAACAAUGGUUAUACCAGAGGGGUUUCACCAUCUUUCUGCAACUUGAAAGAUCUGUUUGUUCUUGAUUUGUCCAACAACAACCUAAGUGGCAUGCUUCCACAAUGUUUAGGCAGCUCCAGUGCUUUUGAGAUUCUGAAGCUCCGCAACAAUUCUUUUCAUGGUGAUAUUCCUGAUCAAAUGUGUCCAACCGGACAGGGUUCACUAAAGAUGCUUGAUCUGAGCUAUAAUCAGCUACGGGGAAAGCUACCAAGAUCAAUGGAAAAUUGCACUCAGUUAGUGUUUCUUGAUUUCGGAAACAAUCACAUUAGUGACAGCUUCCCAUCAUGGUUAGGGACACUUCCGGUACUAAGGGUACUCAUUCUGGGGACUAAUGGAUUUCAUGGCACUAUUGGCAAACCUGCAACCAACCAUGAGUUCCCAAACCUCUGA